AUGACAGUCAACGCAGAAGAGGCAGCCAGCUCUGCUCGAACUUUGGCAUCGUUUUCCUUGAAGAAUAAAGUUUGCGCUGUGACAGGAGCUGCUCGAGGAUUAGGCUUUGAGUUCUGCAAAGCAUUCUUGAACUCGGGCUCUGUGACCCUCGCCCUUCUGGAUCUCAAAGUGGAAGAUCUGACUGCUGCGAAGGAGGAAUUGGAGCAGCACGCGACGAGCAGUGGCAUCAAACAAGUUGACAUCUUAGCCAUUGAGUGCAAUGUCUCCAACGAGGACCUUGUGAAGGUGGCUUUCGACAAGAUCGUGGAAGCAUUCGGUCGUGUCGAUGUCGUCGUCGCGUCGGCAGGUAUCGUGGAGAACUACUCUGCUCUAGAGUACCCAGCAGAUCGUGCCAAACUUCUGUUCGAUAUAAACGUUCAUGGGGUUUUCUUCACAGCUCGCCAGGCAGCAAGGUGUAUGAUGCCCAACCAGAGCGGAUCGAUCAUACUCAUCGGUAGCAUGAGCGCUAAUAUUGUAAAUACGCCGCAGCUUCAAACGCCCUAUAACGCCUCGAAGGCAGCGGUAAAACAUAUGGCGGCUAGUCUCGCGGUUGAAUGGGCAAAGCAUGGAAUCAGAGUUAAUUGCCUCAGCCCUGGUUACAUGUUGACAAAGCUGACCAGAACUAUACUGGAGGGGGAUCCGGAAUUGAAGAAAACCUGGGAGAGUCAAACGCCAAUGGGAAGGAUGGGUGACCCAGAAGACCUUGCGGGGCCGAUCGUCUUCAUGGCCAGCGAUGCUUCGAAAUUCAUGACCGGCUCGGAGAUUCGUGUCGACGGGGGUUAUACGUGUAUUUAA